AUGGAGUGUUGGUGGUCCUUGACCCGGCUCCCCCUCACAUGCCUCACCAAGCCAAUGAUGAAGCUCGGAGACAUGCACCAAUCCCCCUCAUCCUCCUCAUCCUCAAUGAACAGCCAAGCUAAGUUCUUAUCCAUCUCGGGCGCUGCCGCUUCGACACCGUUCGCUAACUUCAGCAAGAUUGGCGAUCCCUCCGGACGGCUCAACUUUGGUGGAAAGGCCGUCGUCCAUUCCCAUGGCGUUGACUUCUCUGUCAUGGCUGUAAAAGAGAUCAUUUGUGUAGCCGCCCGCAAGGCACCUCCUUGA